AUGCCCGAGAUCAUUGAUGACAAGUCGCAGCACUGUGUCCCUUUCAUCCUUGAACGCCUACGGCUAUACCGGGAGCAGUAUGAGAGUAGACACCAAACCCCGCCCCCCUUCUUCCUUGGAUUGAACGGCGUGCAGGGCGCAGGCAAGACAACAUUGGUAGGUGAACUGGGUACACUUUGUGUUUCUUCUGUGAUGGAACUCCUUUCCACAUACCCGCUGCGCGCAGACUGAUCGCGAGAUCAGGUCCAAACCCUCUCCCAGACACUCUCUUCCCCCCCUCACAAUCUUCCCGUCGUUGUCCUCUCAAUCGACGACCUCUACCUUCCUCACGAUCAGCAGACCGCGCUUGCCACAUCGCAUCCCGAUAAUCCGCUCGUACAACACCGAGGUGUGCCUUCUACACAUGACGUGGAAACUGGAAUACAGCUCUUCGACGCGCUGCAGAACCGUAAGACGGACAUCAGGAUACCUAGCUACGACAAGAGCCAGUUCAAUGGAGCAGGCGAUCGCAAACCCGAAGGCGAAUGGGAAACGGUCAACAAGGCUGGCGAGAAACCGGUCGAGGUAAUCAUAUUCGAAGGCUGGUGUGUCGGAUUCAGAGCGUUGAGCGAGGCUGAUGUAGAGAAGAAAUGGAAAGAGGCUAGAGAGCAGGCUGAGAAGAACGAUGGUAGCUAUAUGGGGAGAUUGGGGAAGCUUAAACUGCAGGACGUGCUCUUCAUCAAUGAGAGGUUGAGGGAAUAUGAUGCGCUGACAGAUCGAUUUGGUGCCUUCAUGCACAUGUGA